AUGAGCGCUCCCGCCGAUGCUGCCCAAGUUGCGGCGCAAACAUCAACAGACAAGACCCCACUGACCUCUGUCGAAGCCGCCGUUCUGGCUACCAGCACCGCUACCGACGCCGGUCACUCCCACGAUGCCUCGCGAGGACAGUCCUCCUCCGCCGCCGCCGGUGCCUCCGAACUCGCCCGUACAAAGAUAACCCUCCUCGGCGCUCUUAAGCACUUCCCGGACUUUCCCAUUCCCGGUAUCAACUUCAUCGACAUCCUCCCUCUGUUCCAGGACCCCAUUAUCCACAAUGCCCUACUGCGCGCCCUCGAACUCCAGGUCCAAGAAUUUGGCGAACAGGCCAAACCCGAUGUUAUAGUGGGGUUGGAUGCGCGGGGUUUCCUGUUCGGGCCUUCCCUCGCGCUCCGUCUCAACUCCAGCUUCGUUCCCGUCCGCAAGAAGGGCAAGAUGCCGGGUCCCUGCGUGACUGCCGCCUACGAGAAGGAAUAUGGGACCGAUUUUUUUCAGAUCCAAGAGGGCGCGGUGAAGCCCGGCCAGAAAGUGCUUGUGGUUGACGAUAUUAUUGCGACUGGCGGUUCUGCUGCGGCUGCUGGUAGUCUUGUCAAACAACUAGGUGGCAACCUGGUCGGGUAUCUUUUCAUUCUGGAGAUUCCCGUCCUGAACGGCCGGUCGAAGUUGGACGGCGUCCAAACCGUCACUCUUCUCGAGACAAACGAGUGA